UUGAGCUUGUUCGUUGUAGUAACUGUUCCUCUGAACUCACCGUGCGCAAACCAAGCGGCUUGUCAGCUGUGGCGAUCCUCAAAGACAACGAAUGUACCAUACGACAACUGACACAGUGCUGCUCGGUAAAGAAUAGGAAGGGGCAGUAAAGUAAACGCACGUUUUUACAAUAAUUUGUCAAACAACUUGCAUUUGGAUUAGCUGGAGAUAACGGUCGUCCAUUUGGACGGAGAACAGACACUUUUCUCUCGUUAAUAACGCCGGGGAGCUCAAAUCGAGACUCCGUGACAUCGUAUCGCUUUACUUUUUAAAGGUAAGAAUACAGUUUGAUUUGAGUGCCUUUUAAACAAAAAUGUACUUAAAGUUGUUUUUAGUGCCUAAUAAACAUUACAACCUAGAGGAGAAACAAAUGCGACAAUUCAGACUACGUUGAAUGAAACAAAUUACGGGCUAGAGUUUAAAAUGGUACCUCAUUCCAUAGAUUUUUAAGAUGGGAAGGUGCAAUAAUGUAUUGCGUUGUUGCAAUACUUUAAAAGUUCCUAUGUUGUCAAAAAACAAGUCCAAGUAAAAUGUAAUAUCACUCAAUACAUCUUUAUUUAUCCAUGAGCAUUUUGUUAAAUGUUUUUAACACUAACCCCUGCACCGAAGGAAGGCAUCCUUGAAAUAAAAAAUGGUUUUGUGUAUGGGUGUAUUAUAUUGAAUUGCUCAGUGGAGACAGUUGUCUGGUGUGAUUAUUCCACUUGGGGUCGUUGUUCAAAUUGUCUAGGCAUAGACCAUCAAAACAAAUGUUUUGUUUGUGUAUUGUCUGACUAUCAUUUGGCAAUUAUCAGACAAACUAUUGAUGUACCACCACCACUUUUUGGCGUUAUGCAAGUAAAGCUGCCAGCAUGCCAUUCUCCUUCUCCCACAUGUAGGGAUUGAUGAGCUGAGGAUCCAGCUGACACGGUUGGGCUCCACUCUCACCUGAUAUAGAUACUGUAACUGGAUGUGUUGUGUGGUUUUUCCAAUACCAUUUUCAGCUGCUGUCAUAAUCUUUUGGAUACAGACGGACACAUCCUCUUCCUAACUGUCUAAAGCUGUUGUUCCCCCUUUUGAAAUUAGCUUACAACUUGCCAUUGGCAAAAUCAGUUGAAUUUGUACAUAUCUGUAUGUUUGCCUAGGUGUGAUUCUGGAAAAGUUUGGUAUUAUCUUUUAACAGGGGUUACAAUUAUAGCUUAACAGUGGAAGUGUGUAUUUUUUAAAUAGCCACUCCCUUUCUUUUUCUUUCUACUGCAGGAAAUUAUUGUGUAAUAUUCAAACUUUAUUCAUACAAUGGCCAACGUUCAUAAAGGAUCACAUGCUAUGUUUUCAGCUGUGAUCAGGCUAGGAGAGGCUUUGUUUAAAAUCCCCCCAAAUCCUGUUUUGCACCUAAUACACCCUAUUGAGAUGGUGCUUUCAUUCUUCCCCCCCCCCCCAGUCGGUUUUCACUUUCCUACCUUGUGUAGGUAAUCCAGAAGUGCAAUAAACAAAACCAGAUUUAUAUAUAUUUUUGUAUACCAAAGGACAACCUUUUUCUAGGUGUAUUGGCUGAUCAGAUGUAAUUUGAUUAUGUUGGAUUAGGGUUUUGAUUAUCCAGCAUCUUACCCUAGCCCAGUAACAUCAUUACAGGAAGACUUUGUAGUAAAAUGGCCAUGGGCAUGACCUUCGAGCGCUUACUCUUUCACUUGUUUUGCUGUUCAAAACCCAGACGGACAUUCUUGAAUAGCAGGCCAUCUGCUAGUCCAAGUGCUUUUUCCAUGAGCACAAUAUCACAUUACCCUCAGAUCACUUUGCAAUAGAGUGGGGGAUAUGAUUUGUUGGCAAGGGGGAAUACAGUCUCAUUCCCAGUAGUAUGUCUUCAACACAAUGUCUGGUAAAAGGCUUUUACAUUUGUGUGGGUGGCUACCACCAACACCAUCUUUGCUUCCGCUAAAAACCCUGCCAUGUGAUUGGUUGAGACUUGUGGGCUCACUUUCCUUGGCUGGCAAAGACACCACCGGGGAUAGCUCUCAGAUUUGGAUUGCUGUGUGCUUUCGCUCAUGUCUUAAAAAUGUCUGACUAUUUGGCCCAGAGGCCAAUUUCAAGUUUUCAGGUAACAGGAAUGAACAUGCCGGCCUCCAGUCACCACUAGCCAGCCUCCUUCCGGUACCCUGCCCUGCACCUUAGAGACUGCUGCCCUAUGUGUAGUGAACAAUAAUGGGUUAUGUUUGCGGAUGAUCAAGAGGAGACUGGCGUCUUGAGCUUAUCGUCGGACACAUGAAUAUUUGCCAUGCCACUUGGGAUGGCUCUGAUCUCAGCCCUGCUCAUCCUCCUACUGAUCACCACCUCAUACUCCCUCGCUGUCCGCACUUAUCCACGCUUCUCCAGAAAUGACACUUUUUUUGAGCACCUGGUCCUGCACCCGGACCCCUCUGUGGGCACGGUUUAUGUGGGGGCCAGGGACCACCUAUUCCAACUGGAUGGGCUAGACGGCCUGCGUCUGGAGCAUGAGGAGAGGACCGGCCCUGUGACUGAUAGUAAGGAGUGUCUUCCCCCUGUCACCGAGGCCAACUGCCCCCAGGCCCGGCACACCUCCAACCACAACAAGCUGCUCCUAGUGGACCCCUCAGCCAUGGAGCUCAUCACCUGUGGUAACGUCCACCAGGGCACCUGCCAGAAGCGCAGCUUGACUUCUGUGAAGGAGGUCCUGUUCUCCACAGAGAGGCCGGUGGAUACCCAGUACGUGGCGGCCAACGACCCGGAGGUGUCCACAGUGGGGCUGGUGGUGGGGCCCCGAGGCGGGGAGCGGGCCGUGCUCUACGUGGGGCGUGGUUACACAAGCAGCCAUCCGCCUAUCUCCACACGCCAUCUGGCCCACGAGCCUGUGUUCUCUUACGAGGAGACGGCCAAGCUGGCCGUGGCGGGAAGGCUCUCGGAGUACGACCACCAUUUUGUAGCCGCUUUCGCUCGCCGUGGGCAUGUGUACUUCUUAUUCUAUCGCCGUGACAUUAAGGCUGUGUCGCGGGAAUACCGUACGUAUGCCGCCCGCGUGUGUCUGGAUGACACCUCCUACUAUUCCUAUGUAGAGGUACCCCUGGUGUGUCACUCCUCCUCUACCUCCUCCCCAGAGAGGAACUACAACCUCCUCCAGGCAGCCCAGGUGGGUCAGGGGGGUGGCAGAGAGGGGGACACCCUGCUGGGGGUGUUCUCCACCCGGGUCAGCUCUUCCAACGGGCCCUCCGAGGACUCCGCUCUGUGUGUGUUCCCCCUGGACGAGCUGGACAGACUCAUCGACUCCACACGAGACCUGUGCUACACACUGGAUGGCCAUGUGAAGGGAGUAGGCGAGGUGGCCUACAUAGAGUAUGAGGUCAAGUCCAGCUGUGCCAACUUACCUACGAACACCCUAAAGGCUUAUCCCUGUGGCUCUGACCACACCCCCAGUCCAAUGGCCAGCAGGGUACCCAUGGAAGCUGAGGCAGUAUUGGACAGCCCGUCUGCCCGUCUCACUGCUGUGGCUGUCGGUAUGAGGGCUGGGCACACCAUUGCCUUUUUAGGAGACUCUAAAGGGAAUUUGCACAAGGUGUUCCUAGGCUCUGGAGGCAGGGUGGAGAUGUACUCCUCCAUGCUCAUCCAGCCCAACUCGCCCGUCCGCAGUGACCUCCUGCUGGACCAGACGGAGACGCACAUCUACGUCAUGACCGGCGCAAUGGUGGAGAAGCGACCGGUGGCAGAGUGUGGAGAUCACCUGGACUGUCAGUCCUGUCUUUCAGCCCGAGACCCUUACUGUGGCUGGUGUGUUCUGGAGGGCAGGUGUGGCCAGCGUUCACAGUGCGGUCGGGGGGCUCUGCAGGGCCAGUGGCUGUGGAGCUUUGACCACCAGCAGCAGCAGUGUCUCGGUAUCCAAUCCCUGAGCCUGUAUAACAUCAGCCGUGGAGAGGAGACAGACAUUGCUGUGUCAGUGAAGGGGUUGCCCAGUCUAGUGCAGGGCGAAGCAUACAGCUGUUUCUACCAGGAUGUGGAACGUCUGGCCACCGUCACAGACACUGGUGUGACCUGCUCUACUCCCGACGCCAGCAGGUUGCCUCCCAUUGGCCAGGGAGAAGACUCAGUCACCAUCCCCCUGUCCCUUCGCUUCCUCAAUGUGACUGUGGCUGCUCGGGAGUUCACCUUCUUUGACUGUGGUGUGGUCCAACAGCUCUCUGGACUCAUGCCGUGCAGAGGGUGUGUGAGCAGUCGCUGGGGCUGUAACUGGUGUAUUCACCAGCACAUGUGCACCAAUAAAAUCUGUGAUGAGGGAGUCACAAUUUACAACAAACACUUCAAACCAACAUUCACUCCCCCACCAACCAAACAAUCUGACACUCUAACUCCAACUCUCCUGGCUGCCCCAACACUCCCACCCACAGGGACAUCUAUUAGGACCACUCCCCCAGUCCCGGCCAGCACACCUGUGCCCCCAUCCACCAUACACACCACCCCCGAGUCAACCGCAGUCCCCACCACCCACUCACCAACAAUUGCCACCACCACAUCCUCAACCACACUGGCCACACAGGCUACCACUGCAACACUAGAGGUGACAACCAGUCUGCAGGCAGGGACAAAGACCACCGCUGGAGAUACCUCAGUGGAUGGAGAUGGGAGCCUCCCCAGGACUACUGCUGGAACAGGGGAGACGGAGCAGACAACAGUCACUAGGGUUGAGCUGCUAGACUGGCCCGAGUCUCCAGAAACUGUGGCUCCUAGUAGUACAAAUGGACUCACCGACACUGACCACACUGUGCCGGAGCCCUCUGACACCACCUCAACCACUGCUAGUGGUGUCCCCCUGUUAAUGGACCUGCCCACUGGCUCUGACGGGGAUGAAGUCCCCCUGUUAAUGGACCUGCCCACUGGCUCUGACGGGGAUGAAGUCCGCCUGGCCCCCUCUGAAGGUACAGACUCACCUCCCUGGACAAAGGAAUGGGAGAAGGGAGAGGGAGAGACAGAGAUGGACCCUCCAACAUCCUCUGCCACAGUGCCCUCUGGAGAUGAUGACCCAAACCAGCCCUCUCAAUCCUUUACCCUCACACCUGACCCUGACUCUUCAGCAGACUACCAGUCUGACUCCUCUGAAAUUGAUCUGCCGGACUGCCCGUGUGUGGAGAAGGUCCAGGGCUCCUCUCUCGUUCCUGUUAAUGUGGAGCGGAAGAUCACUCUGGUGGGACGCCACCUUCACCUCUUCCAGGAUGAGGAUCUGGACUAUGAGUGCGUGCUGACCAUCGAAGGGCGGUCAGUGGUGGUGGACGCGUACGUGGAGACAGACGACACCCAGCCCUCUCUCUACUUCAUCACCUGCCAGCUACACCAGUACGCCUAUACUGCCUUUGUGGAGGAGUACAAUGCCGUGAUCAAUGUGAGGAGGAGAAACACCUUUCAGAUUGAUAGUGCGGACGACCUUCAUGUGACGUUGUUUAACUGCUCUGUGGGCCGGUCAGACUGCAGCCGGUGUCGUACGGCUGAUCAGAAGUACGGAUGUGCGUGGUGCGGGGGAGCUCGCUCCAAAUGCAGUUACCGGGACUCCUGCGCUGGCGAGAUCAAGCAGUCCUGCCCAGCACCCGUCAUCCACUUAAUGGAGCCCAUCUCUGGACCAGUAGAAGGUGGUACUGUGGUGACCAUCUCAGGCUCCAAUCUUGGACAGAAAGCUGAAGACAUCCAGAACUCUGUCACUAUAGCUGGUGUCCCCUGCACAGUCAUCAACAGCAGAUAUGAGAUCUCCUCAAGGAUUGUGUGUGAGACCACAGCCAGUGGGGGACAGAAGAGUGGUCAGGCCUCAGUCGAGGUGAGAGGAGGAGGGCUUGGACUCUCCAGUCAAAGGUUCAGCUUCCAGGACCCGGCUCUGAUUGGGAUAGCCCCUCAGAAGGGGCCCAAGGCUGGGGGCUCAGCAUUAACCAUAAUGGGCCAGAGCCUGAAGACUGGACACCCCAGUGAGGUCAGCGUGCUUAUUGGAGGAGUCUCAUGCCUCAUCUCUGAGGUCGUGGAUGACCAGAUUACAUGUAUGACAGGGGGCAGCAACAGAACUGGAGAGCAUGGAAUCACAGUCUGGUUUGGUAGAGCAGAACGCCAUCUACAGGGAGCCAUCUAUCAUUACACCUCAGACCCUAACAUAACCAUGGCUGCACCCUCAAAAAGCUUCCUCAGUGGUGGAAGAAUGAUCCGUGUGUCUGGGCAAAACCUAGAUGUAGUGCAGGUGCCCCGAAUCCGGGUGACCCUUAGUCCUCUGGAGUCCCUUUCUCCGAGGAAGAAGAGGAGGACGAGGAGGAGCAGCAGAGAUGGAGAGAGUAGAGUGAGACGCACAGAAAUCCCACUCAAGAGGCAAAGACGGAUAGUUCCUGAGCCAGACUGUCUUGAAGAGUGUGUGUUUGAGGCGAGUUGCGCCGUGAGCAGCUCCUCUCUGAUGCUGUGCCCUACGCCUGCCGUGGGGACAGAGGCCCACCAUGCUCGGGUCAAGGUGGACUUCCUACUGGAUAACCUGCACUUUGACUUCAACUCUGUGGGCAGUGGGGCUUUCAGCUACGAGCUCAACCCCAGGCUGUACCCACUGAACCAGAAUGACCCCAGCAAACCCUACCACCACAAACCUGGCAGCAUCAUCUCUGUGGAGGGGGAGAACCUGGACCUGGCCAUCUUUAAGGAGGAGGUGGUGGCUCUGAUUGGGGAAGGGGUAUGCUCUGUGAAAACCUUGACCCAUAACCACCUCUACUGUGAGCCUCCAUCCCAGCAGCCCUCUGUGAUGGCCAGCAAGAAGCAGGAGGGCAUGGAUUCUCUCCCCGAGUUCACUGUCCAGAUGGGGAACCUGAACUUCUCCCUGGGCAGAGUGCAGUAUGACACCCAAGGCCAGUCCACCUUCCCCCUGGAGGCCCAGGUGGGCGUAGGGGUGGGGGCUUCCAUCGUAGCCCUCAUCGUUGUCAUCAUAGUGCUCAUAUAUAGGAGGAAAAGCAAACAGGCCGUGAGGGACUACAAGAAGGUCCAGAUUCAGCUGGAGAAUCUGGAGACCAGUGUGAGGGACCGCUGCAAGAAAGAGUUCACAGACCUGAUGACUGAGAUGAUGGACUGUUCAAGUGACCUGGUGGGUUCUGGUAUUCCCUUCCUGGACUACAAGGCGUAUGCAGAGCGCAUUUUCUUCCCUGGCCACCGGGAGUCGCCACUGAGGCGAGAUUUGGAUGUGCCGGAGUGCCGUAGACAGACGGUGGAGCAGGGACUAGUUCAACUGUCCAACCUCCUCAACAGCAAACUAUUCCUCACCAAGUUCAUCCACACCCUGGAGGUGCAGCGGACCUUCUCCCCUCGGGACCGGGCCUACGUGGCCUCCCUGCUCACCGUGGCCCUGCAUGGGAAGCUGGAGUACUUCACUGACAUCCUCAAGACUCUGCUAAACGACCUGGUGGUGCAGUACGUGGCCAAGAACCCCAAACUCAUGCUCCGAAGAACUGAAUCGGUGGUCGAGAAGCUCCUGACCAACUGGAUGUCCAUCUGUCUGUUCACCUUCCUGAGGGACACCGCAGGGGAGUCCUUCUACAUGCUGUUUAGAGCCAUUAAACACCAGGUGGACAAAGGACCGGUGGACGCCGUGACAGGAAAGGCCAAGUACACACUCAACGACAACAGGCUGCUCCGCGAGGACAUAGAGUACAACACCUUGACGCUGAACGUCCUCAUGCCAGCGACAGGCAACGGUGGCGUGCCCCAGACCGCUCCUGCCAAGGUGCUGGACUGUGACACCAUAACCCAGGUGAAGGAGAAGGUCCUGGAGCAGGCAUGGAAGGGCAUGUCCUUCUCCCAGAGGCCCCACACAGACUCUCUCCACCUGGAGUGGCGUGCGGGCAUGGCAGGUCACCUGAUCCUGUCAGAUGAGGACUUGACGUCGGUGGUGCAGGGCUCCUGGAAACGCCUCAACACCCUGCAGCACUACAAGGUUCCGGAUGGAGCCACUGUUGCAAUGGUACCCCGGAACUCCAAACACAUCCACAAUGACAACCAUGACUACUUUCCUGGAGAGAAGACGCCCAUGUUGGACGAUGGGGACGAGGGAGGUGUGAAGCUCUGGCACCUGGUGAAAGCCAAUGAGGAGCCAGACCUGCCCAAACACAGGCGUGGCAGUCUGAGAGAGAGGGAGAGAGAGAGGGCCAAGGCCAUCCCCGAGAUCUACCUCACACGCCUACUCUCCAUGAAGGGCACACUGCAGAAGUUUGUGGAUGACUUGUUCACAGUGAUCCUGAGCACUAACCAGCCAGUUCCCAUGGCUGUCAAGUACUUCUUUGACCUGCUGGAUGAGCAGGCUCUGCAGCACAACAUUACAGACCCUGAGACCAUCCACAUCUGGAAGACUAACAGUUUACCCCUGAGGUUCUGGAUCAACAUCUUGAAGAACCCCCAGUUCAUCUUUGAUGUUCAGGCAUCAGACCAUGUGGAUGCUGUGCUGUCUGUCAUAGCCCAGACCUUCAUGGACUCAUGUACCAUCGCAGAGCACAAGCUGGGCAGGGACUCUCCUAUCAACAAGUUGCUGUAUGCCAGAGAUAUCCCACGGUACAAGCAGAUGGUAGAGAGAUACUAUGCUGACAUCAGGCAGACAAUUUCUGCCAGUGACCAGGAAAUGAAUUCUGCUCUUGCAGAACUGUCUCGAAAUUAUGCUGGUGAGGUGAACUACCUUGUAGCCCUGCAUGAGCUGUACAAGUACAUCAACAAGUACUAUGAUCAGAUCAUCACUGCUCUAGAGGAGGACCCUACAGCUCAGAAGAUGCAGCUGGGCUACAGGCUCCAGCAGAUUGCGGCUGCCGUGGAAAAUAAAGUCACUGACCUAUGAUAACAGAGUGGCCCUGAGACGGGACAGGCCGAGACCCUGAGGAAAAGACACCUGCUGAGAGGAGUAGUCCGAAAGGAAAAGAAUGUGUGGAAAGGAAAAAGACCUUGUGCAUACAGGGUGUAAUUUCCCUCUCUUUUUGGCAGACUGAAGGAAGUAAAGAAGGUUGAGGGGCACUCAGUGGUGCCCUUUCUCUUUUUGCCAUAUCUGUGUAGAGUUACUGUGCGUAGAUUCUCCUGACAAGCUGCACAGGAGAUUUCCAUAGCAACCUGACUACAUUUACCCACUGCUACUCAGUGUGUACAUACAUAGACAUUAUCCUGAGUAAAUGAGCAAAGCCCUGUUGAACUCUCUGGACUGCUGCAGAGUUUCUGCAACACAAACAACGUCUUACUGGGAUGAAAUGGAUGGAUAAAGCUUACAGCACUAAAAUUAAUUGAAUAGCACUUAUUGCAUUGAUGCUAUUGUCAUUGACUUGCUAGUCCCUUCUGUUUCCCUGAAUCACAUUUACAUUUACAUUUAAGUCAUUUAGCAGACGCUCUUAUCCAGAGCGACUUACAAAUUGGAUCACAUUUUCAAAGUCUUACUUUUCUGGUAUAACUAUCCUUUGCAGACAAUGUGUGCGGUAGUAUUGUCUUCACUCAUCCUUUUCACUCCCCAUUAAUGUUUUUGACGAUCUACAAAGUUUUUCUGCGUCAUGUAGUUGGACACUAAAGAACAGACUGCUUUCAAUACAUUGUGAAAAUGUUAGGUACUCCAUGUGCUGACUUUUAUGGUCACCCAGCUUUGACAUUCUCUAUGAUUUGAAUGUUCCUUUCCAAAAUCGUGUAUGAUGUACAAGUAAUUUUUGUGCAUUUCUGAUGGUAAUUCUACGGUUCCCUAUAAUUGCAGUAGCCAAGCUGUUAUUUUCUGACCUAAUGCUGGGAUAAUGAUAGACAUCUCUAGCUUAAACCUCCAGAGAAAUCUCAGCUAGUUAAUGUUCAAUCUGCAGAAUGUUCCUUCUCUUAGCAGUGUGCGAGACUUCACUACACAUUAUCGUUCAAUGGCAGACUAGAAGGUGCUCUCAAAAAGGUGUAUUUUGUGAGCAGCCGGAGCUAGUAACCAAACACAACAAUUCACAGAACCGAAUGUGAUCGAACAGUUUGUUUUAGAAAAUGGCUGGUUAUGUGACCAAUAUGACAUUUUCUGUCAACACUGUGGGAUGCAAUGACUAACAAGCAACACCUGUUUGCAGGUUUUUCCGACACGGAUUAUUUGAACAAAUCACGAUUUAGCAGGGUGUGUGUCUUUGGAAUUUCAGAAGGGUGGGGAGAUGACAUUUGUCCCUCUGACUUAAAAGAAACUUGCAGAGAAAGGGGGGUGGAGCUAACGUUCUGCUUCCGCUCCUCAUUCUAGUAUCUUUUCUCAUACAUAUCCCCCCCAGAACUUGAAAGAGUAUCUGACGCAAUUACGUAAGAUUUUAGUUCUGGGUAUCCGAGAUUAGUAUAGCUGUAAAGGUUGAGCGAAAGGAGUUUGAGAUAAACAAUAUUAUAUUGCCAAUCUCAUAAAACUUGCAGCAUGACAUGUUUUUAGUCUCAACAAUGAAUCCUUUAGCCCAAGGCCUCAUCACUGACCUUUUUUAUGACUGAAAUUAAACGGUAGCCCUAUUGUUUGAUUUUCACUAAUACAACAUUUUAACCCUCAAGCUACUGACUGGAGUCAUUUUGACCCCAUAGGUAUAUUUAUCAUAGCCCAAAGGUUGUUUAUUAAAAUCUUCAAAUUUCUAAUGACUUGUUCUUAACAAAUCUAAAUCCAUGGUUUUUGUGUUUCUGUAUCAAUAUGGGAGUCAUUCCACCAAUUCGAUGUGUCAUUUGGUUGGAUUUUUUGUUUUCACCUCAUUUUAACAUUCUGUCAUAAAAAGCACAUGUUCAACUUAAUAAAAAACGUGUUUUCGCAUCUCAAUAGGUUAAAUCAAAAAUUACUAUAGUAAGUGCCUAUUAAGUGCCAAAUAAAGUGACCUGGUAGACGAUUUAACCUUAAAUCAGCCAUAACUCUCCUUGUGACCGGGGGAAUGGAAGCUUGUUGUGUGCAACAGGGAGGGGCAAUUUGAGUGCAAGCUUCAACAUUUUUUUAAAAUAUUAAAACAUUUCUAGCCUGUUUAUCUAUGGGUAACAGGGUUCACAUGUUAUGCUCGACCCAUUCCGUUUCCCACCAGAAAAUGGCCAAAAAGAGUAGAACCAUCUCACCUGUUUUUACACAAAUUUCAUUAUCAGAUGUUCAAUGUUUCUUUUGAAACAUUGAGUUCACAUAACAGCGUCCACCUUAAAAUUAGGGAUUUAAAAAAAAAUUUUUUUUUAUUCAUCACUAAAUAAAUAAUUUAAAUAAAUACUUUUCAGAAAUUACUUUGUCAAAGUAACAAAAUAACCAGGGCUACACAAUCAUGUGAUAACUUUUAUAGAAGUCACAGAUGAUGCACAGAGGGACAUGUCAAAAUGCUGAAUUUUGGCACAUUAGCAAGUCUUUAUAUAAAAAAUAUGCUUUAUUGAAUUGUGCAUGUGAUCUAUAUUAAAAGGGCACUUCAUUGAAUAUAACAGGCUUUUAAAAUUCAUUUUUGGCGCAAAAAUUCGACUUAAAAUGUCAAAAGGUACUAAUUUUGUGGAACAACCCAUGGACUAUUCAGAAAUUCAAUUCCUUUUGGGAUCGUUUUGACCCUAGCCAAAAACACUUCAUUUUGUCUAUAGUAAUUUGAUUUAAAAAAUGACUUUUUAUUUGAAUCUAGGUUUCUCUAGAGACAAAUACAAGUUAUCCAUAGGGUGGAGGGGGACCUGUGUCAGUGAUUUUGAUCCAAUACAGAUCAUCUGCAGAGAUACAGCUCCCCAUGUAACUUACUUGCCUAACAUUGUACUUUUCUUUACCGCGUAUCGUAUGACUGUACUACAAAACCAAAAUUACUUUUAUUUUUGUGCAUAUAAAAAUCUGACGACGGUGUACAAAGUAUGCCACUGGUAUAAAUACUUGAUAGAACUGCAAUAGAGAACUCCGAUACACUCCAUCUACAUAGAGAGCUGUAUUGGUAUGUAUUCUCUGAAAAGUUGUUAUUCUAGGGCAAAUCCCCCAAAAAGUAUUUAUUUGAAUCCAGGUUUCUCUGGAGACAUAAUAUUAAGUUAUAUGUAUCAUCAGAGGGUGGAGGGGGACCUGUACGAGUGAUUUUAACCAAAUAGACCGAUCACCUGCAGAGAUGGAGCAGCUUAUGGACUCGCCUAUGGUUAUAAAUCAAAUCAAUCACAUGUUUUGUAGGCAACAGGUGUGGACUAAAAGUGAAAUGCUCACUUACGGGUCCUUUUCCAACAAUGCAGUUAAAGAUUUUUUUUUAAAUAGACACGAGGAAUAAAUACACAGUGAAUAACUAAGUAAAAAUAAAGAGUAGUGGUAGCUGCAGUGUGUGUGUGUGGGGGGGGGGG